AUGAAGCUCAAAAAGGUACUUUUUUUGUGCAUAUUGGUUGCAAUUAAAUAUGUAACUGCAUCCUCAGUAUACUUCGCUGGUUUGGACUUAAAAAACAUGAAAGAGAAAUACAAAGAAAUAGAAGGAAGAUAUGCUAAGGAAAUUGUGAAUGAUUUAUUUUUGAAUGAAUUAAAAAAGUCGAAUUAUCAUAUAAACAGUAAUGUUAUAGCAUUGAGCACAUCGCGACAUUAUUUUAACUAUAGACAUACGAGUAACUUACUUACUGCUUAUAAAUAUCUGAAAAAUAUUGGUGAUAAUAUAGACAGAAAUAUAUUACUUAUGGUUCCAUUUGAUCAAGCUUGUAAUUGUAGGAAUAUUAUAGAAGGAACCAUUUUUAAUGAGUUUGAGAAACUUCCAAAUGAAGAUUUAAAAAAAAAAAAAAUGAAAGAAAAUUUAUACAAUAAUUUAAGCAUUGACUAUAAAAAUGACAACAUUAGAGAUGAACAAAUAAGGAGAGUAAUUCGACAUAGAUAUGAUGCAUUAACCCCAAUUAAAAAUAGAUUAUAUACAAAUGGAAAUAAAGAAAAAAAUUUAUUUAUAUACAUGACAGGUCAUGGUGGAGUGUCAUUUUUUAAAAUUCAAGAUUUCAACAUUGUAAGUUCAUCAGAAUUUAACUUAUAUAUACAAGAGUUACUUAUAAAAAAUUUCUAUAAAUACAUUUUUGUAAUCAUUGACACUUGCCAAGGAUACAGCUUUUAUGAUGACACGCUAAGUUUCUUAAAAAAAAAUAAAAUCAAUAAUGUCUUUUUAAUGUCUUCAUCAGAUAGGAAUGAAAAUAGUUACAGUUUAUACUCUAGUAAAUUUUUAAGUGUCUCCACAGUUGAUCGAUUUACAUAUCACUUUUUUAACUAUUUGGAAAAUAUUAACAAAAUAUACAAAGAUGAGCCAUAUAAAAACGUCAAAGCAUUUUCUUUACAUACCAUCUUAAAUUAUUUAAAAGCACAACAUUUAAUAUCAAACCCGAUCAUUAAUAAUGCGAAAUUUAAUUCAUCCAUAUUUUUACAUGGUAGAAAUAUUAUUUUUUAUAACUCCAGUUUAUUUCACGUAAGUAAAGAUAGGGUGGAUCAUCAAGGAAAAGAUAAAUACAAUUACACAGUCAACCAAAAGACAGACAAAAUCAAAAGUGGAAAUGCAUGUCUUGGUGAUUUAAGUGUAUGUGGUCAUAUGAAAAAUGCAAUAUACACACACUUGGGAAAUCUCUACACCAGAAGCAGUUAUUACAAUGACAUCCAGGUUUACUUCAAGGAGGAGUCCUAUUUCACAGACUAUUAUUUCACCUACAAACGUUUUGAUGGGGGAUAUUUAAUAGUGGCUUUCACGUUUUUAAUUAUUAUUAUGUUUUUCCUUCUGUUUUUUCAGUUCACAUAG